ACAGUCUUCGCUCCAGGAAGCUGAGUUCCUGCAGCAACCUAUCUGCCCAAUGGGGGGCGGCAGCAUCUUAGUAACUCACUCCCUGAAGAUGUGUAGGUGGGAGGAGAGAUUCGCGUUCAAAAUCUUUUUGACUCUACCCACAUUCCGUAGCGCCUUAGCCCGCUCGAGUUUCAAUGCGCGUUGUUGCUGGACGAAGCGGAGUCCUAUACACCGCCCGCUGCUCUCCUGAUCAUGGCUUCUCCGAGUUCCUUCACCUACUAUUGCCCUCCAUCUUCUUCCCCUGUCUGGUCAGAACCGCUGUACAGUCUGAGGCCCGAGCACGCGCGGGAGCGGUUGCAGGACGAUUCGGUGGAAACAGUCACGUCCAUAGAACAGGCCAAAGUAGAAGAAAAGAUCCAAGAGGUCUUCAGUUCUUACAAGUUCAACCACCUUGUACCAAGGCUUAUUUUGCAGAGAGAGAAGCACUUCCAUUAUUUGAAAAGAGGCCUUCGACAACUGACUGAUGCCUACGAGUGUCUGGAUGCCAGCCGCCCAUGGCUCUGCUACUGGAUCCUGCACAGCUUGGAACUCCUAGAUGAACCCAUCCCCCAGAUAGUGGCUACAGAUGUGUGUCAGUUCCUGGAGCUAUGUCAAAGCCCAGAAGGUGGCUUUGGAGGGGGCCCUGGUCAGUACCCACACCUUGCACCCACGUAUGCAGCCGUCAAUGCCCUGUGUAUCAUUGGCACCGAGGAGGCCUAUGACGUCAUUAACAGAGAGAAGCUUCUUCAGUAUUUGUACUCACUGAAACAACCUGAUGGUUCCUUUCUCAUGCACGUUGGAGGUGAGGUGGACGUGAGAAGUGCGUACUGUGCCGCCUCAGUGGCCUCUCUGACCAACAUCAUCACUCCAGACCUUUUUGAGGGCACUGCUGAAUGGAUAGCAAGGUGUCAGAACUGGGAAGGUGGCAUUGGCGGGGUCCCGGGGAUGGAAGCCCACGGUGGCUAUACUUUCUGUGGCCUGGCUGCGCUGGUAAUCCUCAAGAAAGAACGCACCUUGAACUUGAAGAGCUUAUUACAAUGGGUGACAAGCCGGCAGAUGCGAUUUGAAGGUGGAUUUCAGGGUCGCUGCAACAAGCUGGUGGAUGGCUGCUACUCCUUCUGGCAGGCCGGGCUCCUACCCCUACUCCACCGCGCCCUGCAUGCGCAAGGUGAUCCUGCCCUCAGCAUGAGCCACUGGAUGUUCCAUCAGCAGGCCCUGCAGGAGUACAUUCUCAUGUGCUGCCAGUGUCCUGCUGGGGGGCUUCUGGAUAAACCUGGCAAGUCCCGUGACUUCUACCACACCUGCUACUGCUUGAGUGGCUUAUCCAUUGCCCAGCACUUUGGUAGCGGAGCCAUGUUGCACGAUGUGGUCCUGGGUGUGCCUGAAAAUGUGCUGCAGCCCACUCACCCCGUCUACAACAUUGGACCAGACAAGGUGAUCCAGGCCACCACGUACUUUCUGCAGAAGCCAGUUCCAGGCUUUGAGGAACCCGAGGGUGAGGCAACAGCAGAGCCUGCAACUGAUUAGAGGAUCUGGGUCCCGGACGCUCUGUGCUCGCCCACCUCCCUGGUCAGACGAGGUUGAUACAUUCGAUACAUGGCCAAUUCCCUGCUGCACAGCAGUGAGCACCAUGGAGCUGUGGUUCUCUUUGUCUUUUCUUGUCAAAACAAAACCAACCGCUCCUGGUUUGAAGUACACAAUGGCUAGGUUUGGAGGUACCUAGUGACAUGGUUUUUAAAAUUCUCUUCACACCUGUCAAACCAAAAAUUUGUCAGCCGUUGCAGUGAGGUUGGGGAACAGUGCGUGCUGGGAAGAAGCAGCCCCUCCCCACCAGCCCGCCAGCCGGCCAGCCUGGAGGGCCACAUCAAAAUGAAUGGUGUCUAUGGGUGUCCCCACAUCCACAGCCACUGCUGCGCCUCCCACCUGCACUCCACCAUCAAAUCACCAGAUGGGGCACCCUUCCAUGAUGGAAUCAGUCUGCUCCAUACCAAGGUGGGGCUUUGGGUCCCACCAAAAUGAGUUCAUUGGAAAAGACAAUGGCGGGGCUGCACUAGGAGGUGCUUCUGCCUCUCAUCUCCCACCCUGUUUAUUUGCAAGGGACAGGAACUAGGAGCAGGGGGAGAAGGGUCUCCUUGAAUUGAGAGUCCGUCCCCCUCAACCCUGGCCAACUGAGCCGCCACACUUCUCUCCAAGGCUGCGCUUGGUGCACAGGCAAGACUUGCUUUGGCCCCAGGUGUGGUGACUUAGACCCGGAAAACCAAUUAUGAGUAGAAAAUGAACCUCUAGUUCAGCUCUGCCUCAGAGGAAGCAGGCCCCAGUACCCAGCCCUUGCCCCUUCCCCAUCAUGUAUGGUGAAAACCCCCUACGGUCCCUAGGGCAGUGCCCACAGCUCGGGGCCGCUCUAUGUUUCCAUCUUUCUCCCACCAGACUCCCAGCCCACCCUCUUCCAAGACAGUGUUGUCUAUUCUCACCUAGAGUAUUAACACUACUAAGUCUUUCACCUUAAUUUAUGACUCAGGAUUCAUUCCCGUCCUGCCCACUAGAGGCUCACAGAGAUAAAACCAAGUGCUAGACAGCUGGCCGCUGCUAGGCAGGAGCCGUGUGAAUGGCAAGUGGCAGGGUAGGCUCUCUGGGUGUUGGCCCACAGUGCUCUGCUGCCUUCUGCAUCAAGCCCUUUGCGGUCAGUGGGGCGCUAAGUCUGGUCAUCCGUCCACUGCUAUGGUCACAGCAAGCUCCGCACCACUGUCCCAGCCUCAGCCUUCACUGGGCACUGUGGGCGGCAGGCAGACAGGAGCGUGGAGAUGCAACAUGAGGCUCUUCUCAAAAACUGCCAUUUGCUGCCUCUAAUUCCCUUCCCUAUUGCUUUGGUGUAUCGGGCUACAUAUUAUCCUCUUGAAAUAAUAAAAAUAACAUUUUCUAUGAUGUC